AUGUCUUUACACGGUGAAGCCCACGAACAUUCAUUACUUGCUGAAGUGAUUCGCGGUGAGCUUCUCAAAAAGCUGUCAAACAAGGCGCGAAUUCUUCUACCAUUCGAUGAGGAUAAGAGAGAUUUCGACAAGGCCAAUCUGCGCUUCACUCAGUAUGAACGUCCAACAUACCUUGCUGUAGUUGAGCCCAGCUGUGAACAAGACGUAAUCAACGCUGUCAACUAUGCACGGGAGAAGGGAAUUCCAUUUACGCCCCGCGGUGGCCAUCAUGCAGUCACGAGUACGAUGAGACACUUCCAAAAUGGAUUGUGCAUCAACAUGCGUCCUCUCAACCAGAUGCGAUGGGAUUCCGAGUACCAGCAGAUCACGGUUGGUGGAGGGACUCUAACAGACGAAUUUGUGCAUUUCGCGCACGACUUGGGCAUGGAAGUUAGUAUCAUUGGUGUCUCCUUCGGCGCGGGUCUGGGUCGCCUUCAGGGCAAGUAUGGGUUUCUCAACGACAACAUGGUGUCCUGCAAGCUUGUACUUGCUGAUGGAAGUGUGCUUAUCGCCUCAAAAGAUUCACAUGCGGACCUAUUUUGGGCCAUCCGUGGAGCCGGCCACAACUUCGGCAUCGCACUUGAAGCCACAUUCCAAGUGUAUCCGCAAGCGCAUGGUGGUAUACACCAUACUUGGGACUUAGAGUACACACUAGAUCAGUGUGACGAAGUCUUUGAUACACUGAACAGUGUUCACGAGACUAUGCCCGCUGAACUGGCAAUUUUUGUCCUGUGGAUGCGUCAGAGUAGUGGUCGCAAGCACGUCAUCCUCGUCAACCUAGUCUGGUCUGGACCAGUAGCGGAUGCAUCUCCAUAUAUUCAACGCUUCGAGUCUCUUCGCCCUGUUCUUAAUAGUGGGUGCACGUCGGUGCCAUGGCCGGAGUUACCUUUCUGCACCUACAAAGAGAUAAACAAGCUCUACUGCAAGCCUGAGGUAUGGCUUCGAGGGCCCUUGAAGAUCAUGGGCGCCGCAUGCGUCGAAAAGUUCGAUCUCAGGACAACUCGCGAGUUCUUUGAGAGCGUCAAGGUCAUGAGCGAAGAGUGGGAAGACCGCGGCUGGUUCGGUGCUAUGUUUGAGUGCCUACCUGACCAGCGCGCACUGAUCUCAGAUAUUAGGAUGCUGAACGCCACUCCAAAGCGGAUCGAAGAUCGCGCAAUCUUCGAGAACCAUCUCGAUCACUGGAAGCAACGCUUCGUUGAGACGUCUGGGUACGGACGGCUGCAGCAGUACGUGAACUACGGCAAUACUACUUCAUCUUUGCAGGAUUCGCUCGAGGCACUGUAUGGUUACGAGCCAUGGAGACUGGAGAAAUUGCGACUUCUUAAGCAGAAGUAUGACCCUGACAAUAUGUUUCGAUGGUACCAGCCAAUCGUGCAGCCAUGA